GCGUGGUAGAAGUAACAUUCGUGCGGUGCGUUAGACUCGUAUAAACAUACAUAUAUGUAUGUAUGCAUGCAUAGAAACACAUAUACGAGUAGUAUGCGGAUUUGGGUUAGCGCUGCUGCGAUUGAUAACAUACUCCCAGCUGAAAUCGGUUCUUCGGCGAUAGCCACACUCAUAAUCGCCGAUCGCUGGCGACGAUUUUCUCUCCCCAUCGGCCACCCACCGUUAGUAAACAAAGACUGCCAACAAAAAAAGAGACCUAAAGAGAGAUAUACACAUCAUUCACAAUUCACAUCCGCCUAUUAAACUGGGAGGCAACGAACCAGCCAACCAACACACAGAGGACGCCAGACGGCAGCGUACCAAUAGCGAGCAGAAAGUGAACGCAACGGAGAGUUCGGGCCAGCAAAAUGUUGUUUAUGUGCACUUUACAUAUCAAAAAUUGAACCUUGUUACGAAUGUGAAAAAUUGAAAAACAAAACAAACGCAUAAUAAUUAAAAAAAAAAAUUUUUAGAGAACUUCGAGGAAACAAAAUCAAGUAAUAAAACUAAACAAAGAACUGCUUGAAAUUAAUGGUAUUUUAUGCGCGUCGCUGGAGUACGAGUGGAGAACAAACAAAAAAUUCAACUUUCUCAAUAGUGAAAAGUGUAAUUCAUAACUAUGUAAAGCAGCGAAUUUAAGCCAACUGAAUAAAAUCUAAAAAAAGUCGUAAACAAAUUUAGUAGGAUAUGCAAAACGGCUUUCCGCAGCGCGCCAGGCACUCCAAAUCAGAUUUACUCCACAAAAGUGCUGCGGACAGCAAGGAAACUGAAGUGUACUUGUGCUACGAAAAAAAUCACAAUUAAAUUGAAUAAACCAUAUUCUAUAUAAAAGUCAUUUAGUGCCAUGUAAAAUCUUCUUACAAUGCAAACAGUCGCAUAUUCCCAACUGGCUAGGUAACUAGCGAAGGAGUAGAGAGAGGAAGCCGCACGCUCCAAUCAACAUAGCCAAAGAGCAUAGCAAAUCCCAUAGUAGUAUUAAGAAAAAAAAAACAACAACAACUAUAACUUCCACCCUCAUAAACAUUUACUACUUUAGCCACAAACUAACAAACUAAAAAAAUCUUACCCACUUGCCUAGUAGAACAAUUUUCGCUUAUAAAAAAUGAAUGAAGAUAAAUUAAAUGCGCCGCUGGUGUUGAAGGAACUGGCCGACAGUGCGAUUAUUGUGCCACAAACAGCUGCGGUAGUGGGCGUAAGUGGGGGCAAUGGCUUAGCCACAGCUGCUGUUGCCUACCAGAAGCAAUACGUCUCACCCACUACCACACCCACCAGCGCCACCAAUGCAGCCACAGUUGCGCUGAACGCAACAACAGCGGCGGUAGCCACCACAACCAAUGUCAAUUUAAAUGCAGAUACUCAGUUAAGCAUAGGAAUGUCGCAACUAACACCGCCAACAACGUUACAAAUACAACUACCGCAACAGCAGCAGCAGUCACCGCAGCAAAAGCAAACACCAACACAGCAACAACUUACACUACUGCCCUUUAGCAACAAUACAAAUAUCGUUGGCAACUACUUGAAGAAUGGCGCUCUGAGUUAUAAUUCACAAAACAAUCUUUGCAAUGGCGGCAUUUCCGGUCAAAAUCACAUACUCGCACCGAAAAUCAAAAACAACUGCAGUCCAAACGACCAGAAGAAGGGAACCGUCACGCUAUCACACCUGCCACAACGGCCACCUGUCGAUAUUGAAUUCACGGAAAUUUCCUACUCAGUGCCAGAAGGACGACGGCGUGGUUUGAAAACUAUACUCAAAAGUGUUUCGGGCAAGUUUCGCAAUGGAGAACUCACCGCCAUCAUGGGGCCGUCGGGUGCAGGCAAGAGCACACUUAUGAAUAUUCUAGCUGGCUACAAAACAUCACAGUUGAGCGGUUCGGUGCUGAUCAAUGGCAAGGAACGCAAUCUGCGUCGCUUUCGUAAGCUUUCCUGUUACAUUAUGCAAGACGACAUACUUAUUGGGAAUCUCACGGUACAUGAAUCGAUGAUGAUCUCAGCCAAUCUGAAGCUGGGUAAAGAUAUGAAUUUGGCUGCGAAGAGAGUUGUAGUCCAGGAGAUACUUGACACGAUUGGUCUGAAGGAAUCCUGCAAUACGAAGACCUGCAACCUCUCGGGUGGCCAACGUAAACGCCUAUCCAUAGCGCUCGAGUUGGUUAAUAAUCCGCCUGUGAUGUUCUUUGACGAACCCACAUCCGGUUUGGAUAGUUCAACAUGUUUCCAGCUGAUUUCUUUGCUCAAGUCGUUGGCACGUGGCGGCCGCACUAUCGUUUGCACCAUUCACCAGCCGUCGGCGCGUCUCUUUGAAAAAUUUGAUCACUUGUACAUGCUCGCCGAGGGCCAGUGUAUGUAUCAAGGGCGUGUGCGAGGUCUGGUGCCAUUUCUCUCGUCGCUCGGCUACAAUUGCCCUUCAUAUCACAAUCCGGCCGACUAUGUGCUGGAGGUAGCCAGCGGCGAGUAUGGCGAAUCCGUGCAAAAGCUAUUGGCGGCGGUCAAGGAAGGCAAAUGCAAGAAGUACAGUCAAAAGGACUAUGGCUUGGAUUUGUCGGACGUGCGUUGUAUUGCAAAUGACAUUGCCAAACGUGAUAAUGGUUGCAACAAUUCCAAUAGCACAACAAAUGCCACCAAUGCAACGCUAACAGCGACCACAACGCUCACUCAUGAGAAUGAAAAAUGUAAAAUGGGCGAAAUGACCAUUGGCCUGAUCGCCAAAUCGGACUCGAGUGAAAACAAUCAACCGACAUUGGAGACGCAACAAUCACAGCAAUCCGACUGCACCGUCAUCAACUUGAACAUUCCACAUGGCAAUAAUGGCAAUGGAAAUACCAGUAUUGGGCUGACUUAUAGUGGACAUGAAGACAGCUGUAGCUUGAAUUCGAAAAGCGGUCAAAGUGCACAUGCAGGAGUCGCCGAUAAGGCAGUUGCCGCCGGUUGCACGACCUCACUGCUGGACUCGCACGAAAGUGUCAUUACGCUGCCCAACAGCUCGGGCUUCCCCACCAGUGGUUGGACACAGUUUUGUAUACUGUUAAAGCGUUCCUUUGUGACGAUCAUGCGCGAUCGCAUGCUGACCCACAUGCGUUUGGCUUCGCACGUCAUUGUUGGCGCCAUCAUUGGCAUGAUCUACUAUGAUGUGGGCAAUGAAGCGUCGAAGGUCAUGAGCAAUGCGGGAUGUAUUUUCUUUACAACGCUCUUCACGAUGUUUACAGCAAUGAUGCCGACCAUUUUGACUUUUCCCACUGAAAUGUCGGUAUUUGUGCGAGAGCAUCUCAAUUACUGGUAUUCGCUGAAGGCAUUUUACUUUGCAAAAACUAUGGCGGAUUUGCCCUUUCAGAUAUUCUUCUCAAGUGUCUACGUGAUUGUGGUCUACUACUUGACCUCGCAACCUAUGGAAUGGUUGCGCAUCUCGAUGUUUGUCUUCAUUUGUGUGCUAACUUCGUUGGUGGCGCAGUCGCUGGGCUUACUCAUUGGUGCUGGCAUGAAUAUCGAAGCGGGCGUUUUUCUCGGUCCGGUCACUACAAUACCAACCAUUCUGUUCUCGGGCUUCUUUGUCAACUUCGACACUAUACCCGGCUAUCUGCAGUGGGUGACGUACGUCAGUUACGUGCGCUAUGGAUUUGAAGGCGCCAUGGUAUCCAUUUAUGGCAUGGAUCGCGCCAAAAUGGAGUGCCAUGAAAUGUACUGUCACUUCCGCAGUCCCAAGAAGUUCUUGGAGGAGAUGUCGAUGGACCAAGCUGAGUAUUGGAUUGAUGCGGUAGCCCUGCUGGGUACUUUCAUAGCGCUGCGCGUUAUUGCGUACUUUGUGCUGCGCUGGAAGCUGCACCUCAUACGCUAAGCAGCAGGCACAACCAGUAGCUGUAGCUGUAGCUGUAGCUGUAGCUGUACUAUGUAAUUAUAUUAUGUUUUUAUAUGUAUGUAAGUUGUAUGUAUUUGUAAGUAGACAGUCGGCAAGACAGUUCCAAGGGCAUUCCACGCUGAUUUCAGUUUAUUUGAAAUCGUACGUUUAAUGUAUUUUCUAUGAGAAAAUUGAUAUUAUUUAGGGUCUUGAAUUUACAUAUAUAAAUACGAGUACAUACAUAUGUUUAAAUAAUGUAGAAUUUUUACGCAUAGUGACCAUGUAAUUUAAUAAUUAUACUGAAACUAAUGUAAUUGUAUUGUUAAGAUGCAUGUUCGCAUACGGUGCUUUAGGUUUUUCUUUUAAUUUUUAUUUUACUUGUAUUUUUGUUACACCGAAGACUCUUUUGUAUGGGAAAAUGUUGGUAUAUUUCUUAGAUUAGCGCGUAAAUAGCUUCAAAUAUAAUAUUAUAGAAAAUAUUAAAUAAUAAAUAUUAAAUAAAACAUCUAAGAUAUUGAAAGUCAUACAAAGCAACAUUAUUAUCAAAGGAAAAUAGCACUCAAAUCAAACAAAUCAAAUGGAAAGCAGUAAAAUUUAAAAUAAAUAGCCAUUAAAAGUAUGAAGAAAAUAAACUAAGCAUUGCAAAGCUCGCUAGAAUUUAAAUAUCCAGUAAAAUGUCAACAAACCAAAGAAACUUCAAAACAUAUGAAUAAUUUUUAAUUACAACAACACUGAUAAUAUCACACACUACUUUUCUACGCCCUUUAGUUUCCAGUGCCACCAAUGCUUUACUUUUCUUUUUUUUUUGGUGGGUGAAGUAGGGUUCAAAAUGCCUUCGCACUUACAGCGACCGUCGUCUACUGCGUCGUGCGGUGCGGCCACUAAAACGAUCCCUUCUCUCCUUCUGGGGAGACACCCUUCCCGGAACUGCUUUCUAUAUCACUUCUGGAGGGCUCAGAACGGCAUCCAUAAAGAACCAAUUCUAUUCAUUCACCCACGUCUGGGUCCACCAUAUUUGUAGCCAGCUUUCAUGGCUUUCUAUAAGCUCGUCUUCUUGUCUCUCUAUCAGUGCGGUUCCGCUUUGUUGCACUGUGCCGAAGUCAAUUUUUCUUUUUUCCGUAGUCCGUUCUCGAUGAAUUUCUUUACCGCGUUCCCGCUGUCCUCGCGUUCGAGCAUUUUGCUGAUUAUGUUGCUCGGUGCGAUGUCACCAAUCUGCUCCCUCAGAGCAUUUCUUUCCGCGAGCCAUCUGUUACAAGUAAACAACGCGUGUUCAGCGUCAUCGCUCAGCGCUUCGCAGUAUAUGCACUUGGAAUCGGUUACCUUGCCCAAGCGAUAUAGGUAUCUCCGGAAGUAUCCGUGGCCCGAGAGGAACUGAGUUAAGAAGUAGUUCACUUCACCGAAGUUCCUUUGGACCCAUUUGUCAAUUGAUGGAAUAAGUUUCGUCGCACAUCUGUCACUCGGUUCAGUGUCCCAUCGGCUUUGCCACUGCAGCAUGGUUUGGCAUCUCCGUUCUGAAAAGCUAGUGAUGACGUUCUUCUUCUUCUUCCAUUCGUUCCCGGACCAUGAGGUCGACGGGUAUCUGCCCGCUGAUCACGAAAAUUUCUGCGCCUGAGACAGUGCGGUAGGCUGAGACAACUCUAAGUGCAGCUGCUCGUUGCACGGCCUCCAGUGCCUUGCGCUUCGCUUUGCAAUUUAGCACAAUUCCCCAUAUGUCGCUGCCGUACAGGAGAAUCAAGCUUGUGGCCGCCAUAAUUAGCUUUCUUUUGCUCUGUGUUGGUCCACCGAUGUUUGCCAUUAAUCUACUUAGCAUACCCGUGACCUUUGCUGCUUUGGUAGCCGCAUGCCGUAUCUGGGCCCAGAAAGUAAGCCUACAGUCAAGUUGAAUACCUAAGUAUUUCACCACUUUUUGGAUCACUAAGGACGUGUCGCUUAUUUCCAUGCGACUGGAGUCGCUGUUAGAAAAGCUUAAAAGAUUAUUUUUCAAGCCAGGGUAAUUUUAUAGUUACAUUUCCUCAUCUAAUGCCUCCUUUUUUAAUAGAAAAAUUUCCAUUAAUCUUUCCCGCUGAAUUGCACUUCAAAAAAGUGGUGCCCAAAUUCCUGUGAAAGAGAAUUUAUUGAACAAAAAUGCCGAGUCACCACUAAAGAGUUAUAAAAAAAUGUGUAUCAAAAACUAUUCUAUAGUAACAAAAGGUCCUGCUAUAUCUCCUAUAGUCCAGUUCCAUCUUCGAACGCCUAUUUUUUGUUUUAGUACAAAAGUAUCCAUUAAUCUUUCCUGUAGAAUUUCAGCCCAAAAAAGUGUUGCCCAGAUUACUGUGAAAGAGUAUUUGUUGAACAAAAUAUAGGGAAUAAGUAGUAGAUAUUUUUUUAUUUUAUUAAAUUUAAAAACUUUAUUACGUGUAUAAAAUAGCAAAUAUUUGAAAAAAGUGCAGAAUCAAACAUUUGUAACGUAAAGGGUAUUUCAAAAGACUCGUUUAGAUGUUGCUUUAAAAUAAAGCAUCUAAAUAUAGAUUAUAUUAUCGAAACAUUACAUUUUAGUGGAUUUAAUGAUUUUUUCUAAAACUACUCGAAGGUUUUCUUCUCGCUAGAUGUGGCAAUUUUGCUUGCUGAUGAAUACAUUCAGUUUUUGUCGAGCCAUUCGGACGGUUAAUUUCAACAAAAAAAUUACCAUUUUCAUAAUAAGUUUCAAAAACUUUAGCACUUUGUUCUUUCGCGCAAUCUUGACAAAUGUCAAAGAUGACACAGAAAGGGUACCGUCUAGGCGUCCCUUUUGAAAGACUCUUUAUGUUUAUGAAUACACUUACGGACAAAAUAAUAGACUCGCAAUAUUUUGAACCUUUUGACUACUUUUCUUUCGAUUUUUUUUUAAUUUUCAUAAAUUUUUAUUAAAAGAAGUAUAGCUUAUUCAAAACAACUAUCAAGUAAAGUUCCAAUGGCUGGACGACUUUUUGGUUUAUAUGUGGAUAGCACCGCAAAACCAUCAAAGAAAACAAAAAAAGUGAGUGUAGCGUAGUACACAUAACACAAGUGAAAGUUUCAAGGCAGACAAAGAAAGAGGAAAGAGACGCGAGGGAGAAUGAGAGAGAGAGAGAUGGACCCGAGGGAGAAUGAGAGAGAGAGAGACCCGAGGGAGAAUGAGAGAGAGAGAAAGAAUAUGUAUCUAAAUAAAUUCAUAACAUUUUCAGAGCAUACAAAAAGAUAAAAUUUACAAAUAGAGCCGUGCGUACACAUAUCGUAUAGUGUUAGACAUGCAUAGGCAAGGCACGCGCAUGCGCCUAUUCUAACAAUAUGUUGCUUUCUUUCGCUCUACUAUAGUAAUAUGGCGUUAGUGCUCUACGUUAACGCGUCACUCUCUUUCUCUCUCUGUUAUAUUCUAACGCCUUGUAUAUAACGUAUACGUGGUUCUCUCUUCCUCCUACAAUACGAGUUACGACGUACGACUUAGACUAGAGCAAUAGCGUAGGAGUGGGGGAAAAGGCGAAAGACCGCACAAAAGGGAGGCGUGAAUAGCCCUAAAGAGUAUCUAAGAUAUAAAUAAGGUAUAGCACUUUCUCUCUCCUUUUCCUCUACGUUAUAUCUUUUUUCUCUCUCGCGGAACGAAAAUGCUAAAAAACGUUGCAUGGCCUUGUUAUACGUUUAUUAACAAAAAAUGGUUACAAAUUUAGUCUUCAAAAUAAUAGCCAUUGCUAGCGACACAGUUUUUCCAUCUCUCAGGCAAUUUGUGGAUGCCGCGUCAAAAAAAAUUGGCCGUCUUUGGCCGCAAACCAAUCAUCGAGCCAUUUUUGGCUUCUUCGUGAGAAUUGAAGCGUUGCUCGGAAAGUGCGUGGCCCAUCGAUGCAAAAAAAUGAUAAUCGGAAGGCGCCAAGUCUGGUGAGUGAGCCGCAUGCACCAGCGGUUCUUAAUUGUACGUCUCCACCAAUUCCCGGGUCGAUCUUGUUUGAUGUGGCGGUGCACUGUCAUCAAGAAAAUCAUCAAGAAAAAUUACUUUGUGACGCCGAUCGGCAUAUUCUGGGCGUUUUCGGUGUAUAGCGCUGUUCAAAUCGGUCAAUUGUCGUUGGUAGCGUGCACCGUCAACUGUUUCACCUGGCUUUAAUAGCUCGUACCAAAUCAUACCACGCUGAUUCCCGAAAACAAACAGCAUUGCCUUGCGGCCGAAGCGAAUUGGUUUGAACGUUGUUUUUGGCUUCUGGCCGGGCGGACCAUACGAUCGUUUACGCUUGGGAUUGGAGAAAUACACUAAUUUUUCAUCACCCGUAACGAUUUGAUGCAAAAAAGACUUCCUUUUCAACCGGGAGAGCAGCAUUUCACAAGUGAUUUUUCGAUGUCCGCUAAUCGUAGUUUGAAGGAACGAGAUUCGACAUUUUUAAGAGUGACAAAAAUGCAUUGUUGUAUGAAACGUAACAAACAAUGAACUGAAUAUUGUUUACAGAUGACAGACGAAAACAACAAGACAUUUGGGAAGGUUUAAAAAUACUCCUAGCGACAUCUAUGGACUAAAAGCUGAAAGUCUCAUUUCAUAGGUAUAUACCUGGUAUGUGGUCCAUAGUUAAGGCGGCAGGCAAUACAAAAUGCUAAGAGUUAAGUGUAGAGCACAAGAAAAAUACAAAGAAACUGCUUAGUCCUUCCAGAGAGGAUAUCUCGUAGGUCGUGGCUUGUACAGCCGGUCUUUGGCAAUUUGGCUGGCAUUCCUUGAGACUAGGAGUUUUCGUAGAAGUUGUAGAGAUGAGGAAGAAGCAAUUGAGUAUUUUCUUUGGAAUUGACCAGCCUUGGCUAAAAUCAGAACAGGUUUUCUAGGUAAAUAUUUUUUCAAUUCUCUUGCGAAACUAUCUGGCGUGGGGAUGGGACCAAUCCUGCGCUUCAUAAGAGCCACAAAAUGGUUCCUCGAAGAAAAGUAAAUCAGGUUUCCGUGUCGCACAGUGGUAUCACAAUGGACCUUUAAGCUCUAAGUGAGUAGGUCGUACAGGCCGACUACCAGCAUAACCUAACCUAACCUAAUCUAAGCUUGGCGUAGAGCAGCCGAUGAAGCCAACGGUGGUGCGCUUAGGCCAGAGAGAGAUACAAAGCUCCUAUUAAUAUAAUUUUUAAUUUAAUUGUUUUGAUUGCAUAACAAAGUUCUUACAUUUGCAUUGAAAGCCUUCUCACACUUAUGCAAAUUUCCACAGAAAUCAUCAAAUUUCAGUGUUGUACUGGAGAAAUUUUUCUCGGGAUAACUAAAAAUUAUCCUCGAAAGCUUCUACAGAAACAAUUUGGUAAUAAAAAAUAGUCUAUGAAGAAGUUUUCAGAUAAAUAUUUUCUACUCAGUUAUAUCGACGUUGUUUUUCUCUCCUUUUUCCCAUCCACUAACCAAAUACACCUUAAGAAAAAUUAUGCCUACUUGUGAAAAAAAAUUAAUUAAUAAAUCCCACGACUGCAAAAAAGCCAGUUAAAACCUAUUAAUUGGCGCACUAUUAAAAGUUUAGCGCACACAAAAUAUAUUCUCCUCCGUCCAUAUAUUAAAAAAUAUACACUAAAGCAUUUCUGUGCCAGUUAUAAGUUUUUAAGUUCCACUUUUCGUUUUGCGUCUAAGCCAUAAAAUCCGAAAAAAAUUAGCUUGCAGCUAAAAAGAGGGAAGUGCAUCCAUAAAAAUAUACAACCAGCAGUAUUUUAAAAUAAAAUCACAGCGAUUUUUGGGAGAUGCAACAAAAUGUUCAGCUUGGAAAGGCAUUUUGACUUACCCCAUGAAAUGUUUCUCGAUUGCCAGUCACAUUUUCGUGUGAAAGGAAAGUUUCUCGCAAUUACUUAUUGCAUAUUUCUAGGGAGUACAUACAAGUGUAAAGCAGGCAAUUCGUUAACAGCCUGUUAAGCGGCAGCUAUACCCGAAGGCUGCGGAUAUUUUGCGCUCACGCCAAUGUUUCUGACGUUCGAAAUAGAUGGUUUAGGGAAUGUGGCGUAGGAAAAGUAGCAAAUUUCAAAAUCAUAAUUUUAUAAAAUGUAAUAUGCAAUAAGCGAAGCUCGCAUGCAUGCCACUUACUACCAGGAAGUGUUAAAAAAUGGGAACAUUAGAAAUAUUUUGUAAACACACAAAAAAAAAAAGAAAAAAAAAAACAAUUCUACAACCAGUUCCAAAUAAGUCAAUAUCCAUAUGUAUGUAUCACAAAAUUAUAAGUAAAAAUGUAUCCAAUAAGCCCAAUUUGCUUCAUCAAAACUGCAAUAACUGUCACAAAAGAUCUAAUCAACAUAUUUUGUAAAUUGCAAUAAAAAACAAAAAAAAAAAAAAAAAAAAAA